CCUCGGUAAUUGUAGUUGAAUAAUAGCUGGUUACAAAACCGGCAGGUUGGGCUGAAAGAGUAUAUAUUUUUUAGGGAGAGGAGUUUGUAGUAAAAACUGAAGCAGGACGACAUGGACAGGACGGUCAGUUUACCGAACCAGCCCGACAGAACCACCACAGUGAUGCUGGUUGAGAGCAGCAGCAACCCCAGUGGGCUGGAGCUGGUCAGCUCUUACCAGACCACCAGAGUGGGAGACCCCAUGGACCUGGUGGCCCUGGCAGCACAAGUACAGAAGGGAGAUGAUUUUGUAAAAGCCAACGCUUGCAACAGACUGACGGUUAUCGCUGAUCAGAUCAAAUACCUGCAAGAACAGGCGAGAAAGGUUUUAGAAGACGCUAAAAGAGAUGCUGACCUCCACCAUGCUGCCUGUAACAUUGUGAAGAAGCCAGGCACCAUGUAUUACCUCUACGAACGACCAUCUGGACAGAAAUACUUCUCCAUCAUCUCUCCUAAGGAAUGGGGCCCAAGCUGCCCUCAUCCAUUCGUCGGCGCAUUCAAACUUCAACACGACAUGUCCUGGACCCCCGUAGACGAGGUGGAGAGGAGGGACGCAGAGAUCGCCAUCAUGGACAAACUUAUCAGCCAGCAGACUGCCUUACCGUCGUACACAGGACCCAACUUUAAAGGCCUCACUGAAUGAAGAACUAUCGCCUUAGAGGACAUCAGACAUGCAUAUGUGGAUUGAAACUGCUGAUAUCAAAGAUUCACACAGUGUUUCUGUGACUUUCUUAUCCUGUUUACUCUUCAGUCGCUGAUAUCAGAUGCUUUUUAAAAGUUUGAAAUAUGCGACUGGGACUGGAUAGCCUGUGCAUGGACAUGCUUACCAAAUACAUUUAAAAUCUUCACUUCAGACCCGUGAUAGAAACUGCUUCAGAUGUAGCUGUUAUCUGACCAACUUUCAGCACCAAGAUGAGAUUUAGUGGAGUCUUUUGACAAGCUAAAUCUAAGCAGAAUUUAAUGUUUUGAGCCCUAAAUAAAUGAAAUGCUACGUCUCUUAGCAUAUUACUGCUAACAGACCCUGCAUUAGAUAGCAAAAUGCAAAGCUCAUGCAUGAUUUAAUAAAGCAGAAAAACAGAUGCACUUGUAGAAAUAUUUCUCCUUGAUAGUCUUAAACUUUAAAAACUCCGCAGAGUAUAUUUAUUAUGUCCUACAUUCUGUAUCUCUAACUUUCAUUUUGUACAUCACAACUAUGAGUGAGAUCCUGUUCAGCUCGAAUAAAUGAUGUAUUUUGUGUUUUA